UGUCCACUUGCCAACACACUUGUUACGUGCCACAGCUGACUUGGAAAUUCCCUCUCCCCUCUCUGUCAGUCCCAGGCAGUUCUUCACGGCAGUGUUGUGCAAUUAUUGUUUCCUGCCUUCUCCGUGUUCUUGUCGUUUCAACACAACUUCGGUGACAGUGACAGACCAUGCCGCUAGUUCUCUAUUACUUGGCGCCCAGCCCACCCGCCCGCACAGUCAACCUGAUCGUACAUGCACUCGACUUGCCGGUCGAGUAUAAAACUGUUGAUUUGUUUAAAAAAGAACAUUUAGCACCAGAAUUUCUCAAGUUGAAUCCUCUCCACACGGUUCCUGUGAUUGAUGACGAUGGCUUCAUUUUGUGGGAGAGUCGAGCCAUUAUAACAUAUCUGGUGUCGAAGUACGGAAAGGAUGAUUCACUCUACCCGAAGGAUCUGCAGAAGAGAGCAAUCGUUGAUCAAAGACUGCAUUUCAGUAACGAUGUCUUCUACGUCAUAAGGCAGCUAACGGGAGGGAUAGCUCUUAGGAAGGAAGCGCCGACGCCUGAGCUGAUAGAAAAAGUGAAAGUUGUCCAAGAAAACAGUGAAAAGCUUCUCACUGGAAACAAAUUCAUGGCAGGUGACACUCUGACUGUUGCCGACUACAGCUUCAUCACGCUUGUCGAUCUGGUUGAGGUUUACUGUCCUCCAGAUGGCAAGUUUCCUUUGACAAAGGAAUGGGUCAGUCGGUGCCAGUCGUCCAUGAAGGACUUUGAAAAAGCAAACAAAGAAGGUUCUGAAAUAAUAGUGAAUGUAGUACAGAAUUUCAUUAGCAAAACAUGAGGUUCCUGCAACUGCAGCAAAUUCUAAGCUACAUACUUCAACCGAAAUGCACAUACUCUUACCAAUUUAUAUGCUACUCAAUUAAUAGGUGUUAAAUACAUAUAUGUAUGUUUGUUAUGUAUGUAUGAAUUUUGUUUAUAAAAUAAAUAAAGUUUGCAUAAAG